AUGCUGAAUUCUGUAGGAGCUGGAAUGACAGCGCUAUUGCUACGACCCAGCAGAGCGAAAGGUAUUGUUGAGGAUUGCGGUGAUCCGGGUUUCCCAAUUAGGCACUCCUCUUCAUUGUCACUGAAAAGUAGCCAAGAUGAUUUUUUCGACCCAUACAAUCUAUCAGAUAGUUCGGAUGACGAUGGCAAAGAAGCCUUGUCGCAAUCCCUUUCGGAGCGGAUACGACAGCUCCAAGAAAAGGAGGCUACCCAAGAAACUCGCUUGGCCAAACGAAUCGAAGGGCUGCGCCAAUCCCAAGGUAUUCAAGACUUGGUGGACUCCAACAAAGUACAAGCUACUGAAUUGCCAGUGAUAUCGUUUGAUUCUCUAUUGCCCAAACAACGCCUGGAGGGUCGGACGGACGAUCCCACCUUUUGUCAAUUUCUCCAACAAGUCGGCCUAGGUGGUUGGUUCGUCAUGGUGUCAUUGGAUACUCGGACGCGAAAGAUUCGCCGCCAUGGAGUGUUGGCAAAGCUGGAAGUAAUGGAUGAUGGAGCUCUUUUCGUGCCAGAGAACGACGUGGAAACCUCGGAGACUGAUGCCCCUUGGAUUCCCACAGCGGUCGACUUUUCAAUAUUAGGACACAAUCGAUGCCGCAUCAUGGGACCAAGAUCGGCUCUCAAGGCACGGAUUGGUCGCUGGAGGCGUGGUUAUGAUCCAAAUGGAGAGGAAUCGGUACUGGGAUGGGGUGACGAACGUUUUGUGGACACACCCGAUGAACUAAAGAUUGGUAUUGAACCCACCACAAGAACACCAUCCAAAGAAUCAUCAUCAUCAGACGAAAAGACUAAGUUGCGAUGCAAUGAAUGGAAUUCUGUCACCAUAGAGUGCAAUCUAGAAGCUGUAGAGGAAGAAACGGCAGUAGAAGAAGUGGAAAAGAUGCAAGAACUGAUUCCUUUGGUAGACAAAUGGUACGAUUUGGCUUCAGACCCAAAAACCUUCGAAAAUGUUGAUGUUACGGUCGCCACCCGGGUCCAACGAGGCCAUCCAGGGCUGACGGUAGACCCGGAAAAGCUACUACAGAGCGUGAAGAGAGAAUUAGGACCCUGUCCCAAGGAAAAUCCAACUGCCUUUUGCUUUUGGUCAGCUGCCCUCAUCAAUCCCUUGCCUUCAUUGGGGGCCUCGAUGGAAAUACGUGGCAGGAUUCUGGAAGCACCAAACACAAUGCAACGAUUACAAAUCUUGGAGUUUGGUCUUCGCCGAUCCAUUGACAACCUGAUGGGAAAACGGCCGCUUUAG